CGGGCCGGAGAACGGAGGCCGCGAAGGCUGCGAGCGGAUGGGUUCCGGCUUGGGGACCGGGUUGCGCGUGCGCAGUGCGCCGUCCUUGCGGGCGCCGCUCUCCGGCGUCCCUGGUACGACCGCUUCUUCUUCUUUCUUUCUCUGGGUGUCUGGGGCAGCAGCGCCCGGUUGGGUCGGCCGGCCAGGCGCACGCGAGUGAAGGGCACCGUGGAACGGAGGAGGACUCAGGCAUGGCGGAAAACCGAGAGCCCCGUGGUGCCAUCGAGGCCGAGCUGGACCCCGUGGAGUACACCCUUCGGAAACGCCUGCCCCACCGCCUGCCCCGGAGGCCCAAUGACAUUUAUGUCAACAUGAAGACUGAUUUUAAGGCCCAGCUAGCGCGCUGUCAAAAGCUGCUGGACGGAGGCAGUAGAGGGCAGAGCGCAUGCACCGAGAUCUACAUUCAUGGCUUGGGCCUGGCCAUUAACCGCGCCAUCAACAUCGCCCUGCAGCUGCAGGCGGGCAGCUUUGGCUCCCUACAGGUGGCCGCCAAUACCUCCACCGUGGAGCUGGUGGACGAGUUGGAACCAGAGACUGACUCCCGAGAGCCGCUGACCAGGAUCCGGAACAAUUCGGCCAUCCACAUCCGGGUCUUCAGGGUCACGCCCAAGUAAUGGAAGUGAAGCUGGCUUUCAUCCACCAACUCGUUUGUGCACACACAUCCAGGCUCCAUGUGGCUGAGGUUUCUACUGACUCAUAGGGCUCUUGUUUUGGCAUGGACCUCUUGUCAGAGCCUUGUAAGAAAAUACAUGUUACCCCAGCCUAGAGAACUGUAAAUGGAGAGCCCAAGAAGGGAAUCCUUGUCCUGUACAAUAAACGUAUCAAGUUGUGUUGGUGCCGGGUGUCCCAUG